CCUAAGUUUACUUCCGAUUAAAAACUGGGAAUCAACACACUGAAACGAAUAAUACCGGUACCGUUAAAAGAAACAUAACAUCAAGAUAGAUUUUGACUGUUAACAUAUUUGUAGUAUUGAAUGCAGAUACCUACGCUUAGAAUGACUGAUUCAAAGAGUGACAAUGAACAAGAUUCCACAAACUUGAUAAAUAUUCAAGAAUUUCUAGAAAAAUGGAGUCAAAUUGAAGAUUUCACCACAAAAGCACUCGAAAAGAAAGAAUCACCACUUGAACAAAUUGCUCAAGAUAUAGAUCUACCCGUACAAACUGUUUCUGAUUUAUCUGCCGUAUGUAGUUUGGAGACACUUCUGUGUGGAUGUGAACCAGAAGAUAAAAAGCUAUAUUAUCAAGUUAUACCUGAAACAGAUUUAAAAACAUUAUAUUACCAGAGUCAAGACUUGCAACGAAGAAAGGAAAGCUUUUUCUAUAAAAACUCUGUUUUAAAAAAUAUGAAAUAUAAUGUUAAUGAUACUGUACAUAAUCCUAAAUUACAAAAUCGUGCAACAUUACCUCCAGAAAAACAAGUGCCAACACCUAAUGUUGUUUUAUCUAUUAAUAUACAUAGACCGUAUAAUUUCAAGUUAACCCAUCCAAUGGUAGAUCAAAAAAUAUUAGUGAGGGGUGAUAUGUUUUUAACCGAAUUCCGUGAUGCUAUAGACUGUGUAAAUAAUUUAGCGGUUGCUGGUGAUUUUAGUGAGAAUUUAGCCGCAGCUCAGGUAGCGCCUACAUGUGGAGAAACUUUUAAGUCUGGUUUUCUGUAUAUAGAGGGUACAUUUUAUAAUGAUUUCAGACAUGAUGACAACAGAGAUUAUAGCAAACCUAUCAUUGAAUGGAUGAAAAAUUCAAAUAAUUGUGGAACACCCCACAAGACAACUGCAAUGGAAUCUGUCCGAUUUAAUGAUUUAACUGUAAAACUUGGUGAACCUUAUUUGUAUAUGCAUCAAGGAAACUGUGAACAUAUUAUUUCAUUUACAGAUAUAAGAAUGCUGAUAGCAGAUGAUCCACAGUGUGUUGAUGAUUAUCCAUUUGUUGUUAGGCAGGUGUCUAGAAGGCGCGUUCUAUGUAGAUCUUGUAUGAUGUACACAGCAAGAUGGCAAGUUGAAGAGAGUGUGUUUACCCCGGUUGAACCUUGUUAUUUAUGUGAUGGUUGUUUAACCAGUUUACACUAUGAUGAAGAUGGCAAUAAAAUUGGACAUUUCAAAGCUUUUAAAUUUGCCGAUACGUCAAGUGUUCAGUGCUGAUCAUAUUAUUGUUUGUUAUUUAAUAGAUAUUAAAAUAAAGCUGCAA